GUUAGUGAAUCCUGACCAGGACAGUUUGUCAAAACAGCACAGUGGCUACUAGCUAGCUACCAGUUCAACAGAGACUACUUGAAAUAACAGCUUGUGUUUUGUUUCGGUGUGUGUGUGUGUGUGUGUGUGUGAGUCGGUCACCGUUACAGACGGAGUCGUAUCAGGUUUUAGGAGUGUGUGUGUUUCACUGUGAGUGUGCUAGUUGGAGCUGGGGUGUGACAGCUUCCUGACUGCAGGAAGUCAUGGCGUUUUGGAGAAGUCCGUGGUGCAGAAACCUCCUACCAGCGUGUCUGUUUGCGUGCGUGCUGCUCUACGUCGUGGACGUGGACGCACGACCGGCCAACAUGUCUUCCUCCAAAGACAAGCCCCCCUCUACUAAGGACGAGAACGAGAUCCUUCCUCCUGAUCACCUGAACGGGCUGAAGAUGGAGAGGGACGGCCACCUCAACAAGGACUUCCAUCAGGAGGUGUUUCUGGGGAAGGACAUGGAGGAGUUUGAUGAAGACUCAGAGCCGAGGAGGAACAGGAAGAAACUGAUAGAAAUUUUCUCCAAAGUCGAUGUGAACAAGGACAGAAGCGUGAGUGCCAAAGAAAUGCAGCAGUGGAUUAUGGAGAAGACAAAAGAGCACUUUGAGGAGGCCAUGAUGGAGAACAAGAACAGUUUCCGUGCUGUUGACCCAGACGGGGACGGUUUUGUGACGUGGAACGAAUACAGAAUCAAAUUUCUAGCCAGCAAAGGUUUUGACGAAAAAGAAGUUUCUGAGAAAAUGAAGAGGAAUGAAGAUCUGAAGCUAGACGAGGAGACUCAGGAGGUGCUGGACAGCCUGAGGGACCGCUGGUUCCAGGCAGAUGACCCUCCACCUGACCAGCAGCUGGAUGAGGAGGAGUUCUUGUCCUUCCUCCAUCCUGAGCACAGCAAAGGCAUGCUGAAGUACAUGGUGAAGGAAAUAGUGAGAGACCUGGACCAAGACAAUGACUUGAAGCUGAGCCUGUCAGAGUUCAUCUCGUUACCCGUGGGCACCGUGGAGAACCAGCAGGGUCAGGACAUUGACGAUGACUGGGUCAAAGAGAGGAAGAAGGAGUUUGAGGAGGUCAUCGACUCAAACCACGAUGGCAUCGUAACCAUGCAGGAACUGGAGGAGUACAUGGACCCGAUGAAUGAGCACAACGCUCUGAACGAGGCUAAGCAGAUGAUCGCCGUGGCCGACGAGAACCAGAACCAUCGACUGGAGCUGGAGGAGAUUCUCAGAUACAGCGAAUACUUCACGGGCAGCAAGCUCAUGGAUUACGCCAGAAACGUGCACGAGGAGUUCUGAAGUCCCCGUCCCGAUCUCUUAUCGGCUUCAGGGACAAGCCUGGGGGGUCUGGAGGAGAGGGGCGGUUUCACUCAGAUACUAGACCCAUCCACCAAACCGCCAGAGCGCGCGCGGUCCACUUCCUGUUUGUCGUCGGACUGUUUGCUACAGAAAUUCGAGAUGAAGAAUCUCCUCUAAAUGUAUUUUAUCAGAUGUAUGUAUAUGAGAUUUUAGCACCGCCCACAAGGUACAACCCGCCGUCCCUGUGUGCUUUGUAAAUGUCACGUCCUGAUCCUCUGCAGGAGGGAGGAGUAGAGCUGCUGGGAGGCACAAACAUCCUGGUGUUAAAAGAUUACCUCCUAAAUUUGUAGUUUCAGGUUUUUCUAGUAGACGAAAUCUGCUGUUCUGCCCACAGGGUUGUGAUUGUGGGGAAAAUACUUCCAAAGGUGUAAAAUUAAGUAAUCUGACUUGAUUCAAAGUAAUAGAUUACCUGCACAAAGUGUAGGGAAAUGUAAUGAUGAAUGUACACAAUUAGAUGUGCUGAAGGCAACGGGCGUCGUCACUAAUUUAAUUUAAAGUUCGAUCUUUUGUUCGUAAUAAUACAUUUAUUUAUUGACAACUUUCACUGAGCCUUUUGCAAUGCUUUGAUUCCAUCCUUGUGUUGGUUUCUGGUUGGUUCGAAACUCCUGGAGAGACUUCCAAAUGCAUGAAGUCACGAUUCGUUCUUCUGUCUGAGGGUUUGGGAUUCUGCUGCCGGCUCUGCUGUCUUUAGUCUGAUUGUAAAAUAAGAUUUAUUAUAAUAAAAAGAGAAAAACUCAUAAAAAGUCCUGCAAAAAUGAAAAUAAAACAUUUGUAAUCUACUCAAAAGGACCUCUUACUUUGGUGAACUUGCAUUAUUUGCUUCAUUAUCAAGUCAGUAAAAACAUCUGAUUUAUAGGAAAUGUCCAAAAUGACCUAGAAUUAAAAUCAGCAAUGAAAUAAACUUGAAAGGACCAACUUCCGUACUAUAGUUAGUCACACCCACACCUCCCCUGAUUGGCUGCUAUGAGCUGAGAAGCUCCAAAAGCCAGGAAGCAGAGCUACUGCACCUCCAGCAUGAUGGUGGUCGUCAUGGGGUUCUACGCUAAUUUCCCCAUUUGUGACAUCACAAGAGGAUUUUUGAAAUGGCUCGAUUUAGUCGUACAGACUCACAAACCAAACACAGACAGAAAUAAGAUACAUAUUUUUUCAUGUUUCGAGUGUUUAUACAGUGCUCAACGUGAAUGAGUACACCCUUUUAAAAAGUACGAGUGUCAUCAGCAGCUCAAAUAACAAAAGAACAAUUUCCAGAAUGCUAACACGGCUGGCUUUUAUCAAACACGUGUUUAGCUCCAUUACACGAAAUUAAGGUUAAUAAUACAAAAUCUUCAGUUUGACUCAAAUUUGUUGAAGCAAAAAAGAAUACAGCCCCCAACAAAAACUACUAAAUCUAGUACUGGGAUGACCAACGUGAUAUUCAAGGACAGCAUAAAUAAGACAGAAUAAACAAGAUGGAGACAAUCUGUUUCCACUCUGCAAGAAGAACCUCUCUUAGAGCCUGGAUAAUGGAUGGAGAGGGAUGCUCAACUUGCUGCUUCAGAAUUCCCCACAGGUGUUGGACUGGGUCAUCCAGUCACCUUCACCCUGUUCUUCAGAAAUGCAGCCGUAGCCAUUUGAUCUGACCAGAGUACUAAUGUACGUAUGUACAUAAAUCCCCUAGAGCUCUCUCUAAAUUACUACAGUUUAAAAAAAAAACUCUGAAUUUGGCAUUUUUUUCUCCUCAAUCUUAAACCUUCCUUGGAAAUGGAAUCACUUUUAGAAUGAAGUUUAGAUUCUGGGGUUCGGGAGAGGAGGGUCAAUCGGACAGUCGAACCUCGGAUUCAGGAGGAGGUUUGGUUUCAUCCUGGCCAUGGAACGCUGGACCAGCUCCAUACCCUGAAGCCUAAUUUAUACUUCUCCAUCGGUUCCACAAGGGAGAGACGAUCACACACGGGCAGAGAUGUUAAAACCACACGUUCCAGGGAGCGUUAGGUAAGGUGGUGCUGUCAAAAGACCAGCAGCUCCUCUUGUCACCAAUCAGAGCUGUACGUAUCAGAUCCGCUCUUGCGCUUCUCCAAAAUCAAAUUCAAGCACUUUCAAGGUGAGUAAGAUUUUCCAGCAUCUAUGAAUGGUGAUCAUGUCAACUAUUCCUCCUCGUAGAUCUUGAUUUUAUUGUGUUGCAACCAAUUCUAGUUGAAGUUUCAAGCAGUUAUUCAAAAUUCAAUUGAAGUGGAGCAAGUUCUGAACUUUGGCCUUCCAUACUUCCUGCAGUGUCUGACAUCAUCUCACCGGUGUGAGUUUUAAGGUGGCGAUCCAUGUCUUUUUGUCCAUAUUGUGUCUUGAAGGUACAACCUG